AGACUGACACUGCUGGACAAUCCCUUCCAGCGCAAUGUCGACCGCACUGCGUUUUUCUAUAUUCCUUGUGGCCUUUGCCGCAGCUCCUUGCCUCGCCAAUCUUGCUCCCGAUGGCGUGUGUGAGAGCGAUAGUGACCAACCGGUGCUUCAGGAGGCGGAGAACCUCCGCACCGAGCUGCUGCAGACGAACGUGAAGUUGCAGCGAGGGAGCGAGGAGGAGAAGCCUGAGGACCUCCUUCACGAGCUCCAGACAGAGACUUUUCAGGCGGAGUCCCAGCAGCGGGACGCGCUACGGCGCCAGGCGGAAGCCAUGGCAGCCGAGACCUCGGCACAGAACGGCAAGGCACUCAAGCCUGAGCCUGAGGGGGCCAAGGAUGGUGUGAAGCCGAAGAAGCAUCAUCAUCAUCACCACAGCAGCAGCCAGAACAAGCUCAUGCAGGAGGCGAUGAUCCCUUUGGGCGCCUUCAUCGUAGGCUUCCUGCUGCUGCUUUUCCAGCAGACGAUUGCUGCGGUGCUGGCGAUCUACUUUGGUGCUCAGGCAGGUUUCAGCCUGUACAUGAAGGUGGUCUUGUCGAACACCACCAUCUCAUCAGAGCUCAACAUCGAUGGCAUUCCAGCCGGGUUCUUGGUCACUGCCAUUCAGCAAGUCGUUGCCUUCAUGGUGCUCCUUGUGGUGGUGGCGGUGCUGUACGUCACGCCGUUCCGCUACACGCCUCGACGCUUGAACACCUGGUCUGAGGUGGCGUGUGUUAUUUUGUUCUCCUUCGCCUUCUCGAUGAAUAUUGGCUUGAACAACUUCAGCCUCUCCUUGUUGGCGGUGUCGCUGAACAUGAUCAUCCGGUCGUGCUUGCCACUGGUGACAUUGGUGUUUCAACAAGUGCUGGGGCCUUGCUUCCCAGACUUAGCCAGCAAGGUCCGCGUGUCCGAGGUUACCUUCAUGGUUGCAGGCGUUCUCUUCGCCGCGCUGGCGACGUUGGCGAAGAGCCACGGCGCCCACAACAACGAGUCUAAGCACUUGGGGCUUGGCGUCUUUGUUUGUAGCCUGUCGGAUGUGGCCUGCGCCGUAAACCUGAUUUUGGCCAGCGUCUUCGGCAGUGUCCUGAAGCCGGCCUUGAAUCCAGUGGACACCAUCUUCUACAUGGCCAUCCCAUGCGCCAUCUUCCUCCUUCCAGCCUCCCUGUGGGUCCUGCACCCAGUGGACUGGCCCAACUUCGGGGACAUUAGCGAUGCCCAGGUCCUGAAGAAGGUCAUGGAGCUCAGCCCCUCCACCGUCAUGUGGGUCGUCCUCUCUGGCGUCAUCGCUGCAGGCUACAAUGUGUUGCAGUACACAGUGGUGCAGAAGUUGUCCGCCAGCCAUGCUGCCUUUGCGGGAAACUUCAACAAAGCUGCAACCAUUUUGCUUUCCAUUUGCAUGGGUUUGGAAUCCUUGCCGGGCGGCGUUUGGACUGCGGUCAUGCUCUUUGCCAUCAUUGGGAACAUCGGUGCCUUCACGAGCUACAGCUUACUGAAGUCCAAUGAGAAAGCGCUGAAGCGCGCGGAGGGCGAGGGAAAGUGAGUGGGCGAGAUCGUGGUGUCGUCCGACUGCGAAUUGCAGCGGAGGUCUGAACAUCAUCUCUUUUGAGUCCCUGACCGAAGAUGCAGCGAAGACGAAGAAUGUCACUGCAGAUGUCGAUCUGGUAUGGGAUUUGUUUUUUGGGAGCUUUCCACAUAUGGCUUGUGAUGUUCAUUCUGGCAUAGGUCACUUCUUCCAAGAUCUUCU